UCCUCCUCAGUGAGGGCUGUACAGCUGGCAAUUUACAGACAAUAACCCUGGAGGAGUAAUUGGCUGCUGGGUGAACCUCUGCACUGCGUUUCAUCGAGGAGAUGAAUUAGAAGAAGUGUUGGAAUAUUUAUUCUCCUUUUUGUCUUUGGGGGCUCCAGGUUGUGAACGUCUGGAUCCAACUUUUUAAGACUCAGCCCCCCUCUGACUCCCUCUCUUUCUCUCCACUGGAACCGCUAUAACCUCCUCACACUGAGAACAUAAGGUGCUGUGCAGCUGUUUUCCAGGAGCUGAAGCAAUGGAGAAGUCCCGACGGGUGCAGCGGUUGGCGUUCAGCCUCCUGUUCGGGCUGUGCUUACCUUGCUGUUUAACCCAGACCACGCCGACGUCAGGUGCGGCCACCACGGCGCCCGCGCCGUCUCCGUCCCCGCGGCCCCAGACGGAGCGGCUGAAGGUCCGGCUGGCCGGAUACCCCCGAAAGCACAACGAGGGUCGGGUGGAGCUUUUCCACAAGGGCGAGUGGGGAACCAUCUGCGACGACGACUUCUCCAUAGCCAACGCCAACGUGCUCUGCCGCCAGCUGGGCUUCGUGUCGGCCACGGGGUGGACGCACAGCGCCAAGUACGGCAACGGCCAAGGCAAAAUCUGGCUGGACAACGUGCUGUGCAACGGAGGUGAGAAGAGCAUCGAGGCCUGCAGGUCGCGAGGCUGGGGCAACAGCGACUGCACCCACGACGAGGACGCCGGAGUCGUGUGCAAGGACGAGAGGAUUCCCGGCUUCAUGGACUCAAACGUCAUCGAUAACCACAUGGACGUGAACAAAGUCGAGGAGGUGCGGCUCCGGUCCGUAGUCGGCACGGCCAAGAAGAAGCUGCCCAUCACCGAGGGCGUGGUGGAGGUGAAGUAUAAAGGCGGCUGGGCGCAGAUCUGCGACCUGGGGUGGACGAUCAAAAACACCCGCGUGGUCUGCGGCAUGCUGGGAUUCCCGCUCGAGAGGAAGGUCAACAAGAACUUCUACAAACAUCUGAAAAAGCAAGCAGCUGAGAAGGUCUCCAGGCCAAAGGUUAAUGUAUCAGCCGGUGGAAGGCAGACAUCCAAAGCUAAAGCUAACUCUAAGUCUAAACAGAGCAGCCCUGGCAAAAGGUUGUAUCUGGAGCGUCAGAAGAACUACUUCCACGUCCACUCCGUGCAGUGCACGGGCACCGAGGUCCACCUGGCCGCCUGCCCGCUGGAGUUCAACAAGCCCAACGGCACGUUCUCCUGCGAGGGCGGCAUGGCAGCCGUCGUCAGCUGCAUGCCGGGGCCGCUGUUCAUGCCAAGCGGCGGCUCGAAGAAGAAACCUAAAACUUCGAACAACGUGAGGCUGAAGGGAGGAGCCAAGCUGGGCGAGGGUCGCGUGGAGGUGCUGAAGGACAACGAGUGGGGCACAGUGUGCGACGAUCGCUGGAACCUGCCGUCGGCCAGCGUCGUCUGCAGGGAGCUGGGCUUUGGUAGCGCCAAGGAGGCCAUCACCGGAGCGCGCAUGGGACAAGGAAUGGGCCCGAUCUACAUGAACGAGGUGAAGUGCCUCGGGCAGGAGAAGUCCAUCUGGAACUGCCCCUUUAAAAACAUCACGUCCGAGGACUGCAAGCACGCGGAGGACGCCGCCGUCCGCUGCAACGUCCCCCACAUGGGCCACGAGAACGCGGUCCGACUCACGGGGGGGCGGACCCGUUACGAGGGCCGCGUGGAGGUGCUGCGCUCCGACUCUAACGGGACCCAGAGUUGGGGUCUGAUCUGCGGAGAGACCUGGAACACCAGGGAGGCCACGGUGGCCUGCAGGCAGCUCGGCCUGGGCUACGCUAACCAGGGCCUGCAAGAGACCUGGUACUGGGACAGCAGCAAUGUGACGGACAUGGUGCUGAGCGGCGUGAAGUGCACCGGGGACGAGAUGUCUCUGAGUCAGUGUCAGCAUCACAAGACCGUCAGCUGCCAGAAGGCGGCGGCGAAGUUCGCAGCGGGAGUCAUCUGCUCUGAGACGGCCUCCGACCUGGUCCUGAACGCCCCCAUGGUGCAGCAGACGGUCUACAUCGAGGAUCGGCCCCUGCACCUGCUCUACUGCUCUGCCGAGGAGGACUGCCUGUCCAAAUCCGCAGCCAAGGCCAACUGGCCGUACGGACACCGGCGCCUGCUCCGCUUCUCCUCCCAGAUCCACAACAUCGGCCGCGCCGACUUCAAGCCGAAGGCCGGGCGGCACUCGUGGGUCUGGCACGCCUGCCACGGCCACUACCACAGCAUGAAUAUCUUCACCCACUAUGACCUGCUCAACUCCAACGGCACCAAAGUGGCCGAGGGACACAAAGCCAGUUUCUGUCUGGAGGACACCGACUGUCAGGAGGGUGUGUCCAAGAGGUACGAGUGUGCCAACUUCGGCGAUCAGGGCAUCACUGUGGGCUGCUGGGAUUUGUACCGCCACGACAUCGACUGCCAGUGGAUCGACAUCACGGACGUCAAACCUGGAAACUACAUCCUGCAGAUUGUGAUCAAUCCCGACCACGAAGUGGCCGAGAGCGACUUCAGCAACAACGCCAUGAAAUGCAACUGCAAAUAUGACGGCCAUCGAAUCUGGCUCCAUAACUGUCACACUGGUGACGCGUUCAGCGAGGAGGCAGAGAGGAGGUUUGAGAAAUACCCCGGACAGCUGAAUAACCAGAUUUCUUAAAAACAAACAAAAAACAACAAUAAUUUUGCCAAAAUAUCAGCACCAACGAGUGAGGUGUGAAAAGAACACCUCACUAGCUCACAAAGAAAAAUACACAAAUUAUUCGCCUUCAGGUAUAAAAAUAUAUAUAUAUGUCAAAAUGUCUCAAGAUUAUUUGUAAUCAUGGAAGAUGCCAACAUUAUAUUCCUCCAGUGAAUGUGUUGUAUGAGUUAUUAUACUUGAUUAUUCAAGUGUUUAUUGUGUUUUGUGGAUUUCCUUUUUUUUAUCACAAAGUAAGAUUUUAUUAGGUCAGUUGCUUUUAAAUGUUUUUGUUUUUUUGAGUUAUGAAUGAGGUUUUAUUUUGUAAUAUUUUUUUUGUUAUAACCAGAUGUAUUUUACCUUUAGAACAACCAGGUUCAGAACUACCUGAAAGUCUGAUCAUUUCAAGAGGAAGAAAAAUCUCCACAGCUACAUUAUCUUAUGAAUGUAUUUAUUAUUAUCAAUAUCAAGGUGUUCAAAAAUAAAAACCUUUGCCUUGGAACUCAGUUUGAAGCUACAUGUAGCUUUAGCCUGUUUGUAUUUCCAUAAUCUUUAAUAGUGUCGAGGCAUCGACGUUACUGGACAAGGACAAAUAAACUACAAGUACCCUGAAGAUUUGCUAUUAUUUUUUUUUACGCUGAUGUAAUCGCACCAAAUAAACAGGAGAGGAAUAAUAAUAA